AUGAAGUUCCUGGGUGCCGUGGAGGCACUCUCCGUGCCAGGGAGGGAGGCGCUCCAGCUGCUGAACCAGAGCAACGUCUUCCACGUUGCGGAGGAUGCAGCCAUCCGAUUGCAGGGGCUCAUGCCGCCACAGCCAGAACAGCCGGUAACGCUCUUCCGCCACGAGGACCUCGUGGACUGGGUGGUCUUUUCAAUUACCUUUCUGGUCCUUGUGGUCUUUGACAAUUUGGUUCUCUUUGGGAAGUACGGCGGCAACAUGAGUUUUUCGAAGGCGCUGGCUUACUCCGUCUUCUGGCUGGUUUGCGCGGGUGGCUUCAACGGCUACAUCUUCUGGUCGCGCGGAGCAGAAGCAGCCUUCGACUGGGGCACGGGCUACAUGCUUGAGUGGAUGCUGUCCGUGGACAACUUGUUUGUCUUCAGGAGCAUCUUCCUCAUCUUCCACACUCCCAACAGCCACAAGCACAAGCCUCUCUUCUGGGGAAUCUGUGGUGCGAUUGUGUUUCGGAUGAUCUUCUUCGUGGUGGGUGAGGUCAUGAUGCACGCGUUCUGGGCCACCCACUUCUUCUUGGGGUUCUUCCUCAUGUACACAGGUUACAAGAUCCUCGGUGUCGAAGAUGACGACGAGGACGUUCCGAGCCAGAAUCCUGUCUUCCUCUGGAUCAUCAAGAAGAUCAAGCUCAUCGACGCCUACUCCCCGGAGCCCCGUUUCGUGCUGAAGGUGGCGCUGGACGCCAAGACCGAGGAGCCCGUCUUGCCUGACUGGACCCCGCAGAUGAUGCCCAAGGACUACAAUCCCGAGGUGGCGGAUGUGAUGCAGGGGCGCGAACUGAUCUACAGGACAUAUGCCACGCGCUUGAUGCUGGUGGUGCUCUGCCUGGAGUUGACGGACGUCAUCUUCGCUGUGGACUCCAUCUCGGCCAUUGUUGCGCAGAUUCCGGACCUCUUUCUCGCCUACACCGCGUGCGUCUUUGCGAUGCUAGGCCUCCGGGCGACGUUCUUCGCUGUGGAUGAGCUGGUGAAGCUCUUUACCCUCCUGCCCUACGCGGUUUCCGUGAUCUUGAUCUUCAUCGGGGCCAAGUUGGUACUGCGUGGUGUGAUCCACAUCCCAGCACAGGUCGUGUGCAUGACCCUCUUUACGGUGCUGCUGGUCAGUAUCUUGGCCUCCGUGGUGUAUGACCGCUUCCGUCCAAAGGACGACGAGGAGGGCAAGGCGAAGGACUACAUCUCCCCGCUCGCUGCCGGCAACUGCGGCAACGCGAGCUUCUUCCCUCAAAAGGCAGAGGACACGGAUGCCUCCUGA